UUGUACCAGAGUGCUUUAUUGUGCGGGAGUGUGUGUGUGUGUGUGCGUACAUACACACUGAGAGAACGUGUUGGCAGUCAUUUAGGAUUAAAACACAACUUGUGGAGUACGCACAUUUCUCUCCAGUAAUGAACUCUCUACCAUCCUUCUCUGGAGCUAGAAUAUCUGGCUGUUGGAAUCUAAGAUCUGAUGGCAGCGGAGGCGGCGAGGGGUCACUGGACCGGCUUCUCCCCUCCGUCAGCACCGGCCUUUCCCCGAGGAAGAGGACCACCAGUCAGUGCAAGUCGGAGCCCCCUCUACUGCGCACCUCCAAACGAACCAUCUACACCGCGGGCCGCCCUCCCUGGUACAACGAACACGGGGCGCAGUCCAAAGAGGCCUUCGUCAUCGGUCUGUGUGGCGGCAGCGCUUCAGGGAAGACGACGGUAGCCCGGAAAAUCAUCGAGGCUCUGGACGUGCCGUGGGUGGUGUUGCUCUCCAUGGACUCCUUUUACAAGGUCCUGACCCCAGAUCAGCAGACUCUGGCCGCCAGCAACGACUACAACUUCGACCACCCCGACGCCUUCGACUUCGACCUGCUGACCCACACCCUGCGCAAACUCAAACAGGGCAAGAGCGUGAAAAUCCCCGUGUACGACUUCACGACGCACGGGCGGCAGAAGGAGUGGAAAACCGUCUACGGAGCCAGCGUCAUCAUCUUCGAGGGAAUCAUGUCCUUUGCAGAUAAGAAGCUCUUACAGUUGCUGGACAUGAAGAUCUUCGUGGACACGGACUCUGACAUCCGGCUGGUGCGUCGGUUGAGGAGGGACAUAACGGACCGGGGCCGGGACAUCGAGGGCGUCAUCAAACAGUACAACAAGUUCGUCAAGCCGGCGUUCGAGCAGUACAUCGAACCCACCAUGCGCCUGGCCGAUAUUGUGGUGCCUCGUGGCGGUUGCAACAUGGUGGCCAUUGAUUUGAUCGUGCAGCAUGUCCACAGUCAGCUGGAGGAGAGGAAACUUCGCUGGGAUAUGGCAGCCCUGGCUUCUGCACACCAGGCCCAGCCCCUCCCCCAGACCCUCAGUGUUCUGGAGAGCACCCCCCAGGUCAGGGGCAUGCACACCAUCAUCAGAAACAAGGAGACCAGCCGAGACGAGUUCAUCUUCUACUCCAAGAGGUUGAUGCGUCUGUUGAUCGAGCGAGCGCUCUCCUUCCUCCCCUCGCAGGUCCACGUAGUCCAGACCCCCCAGGGGGAGGAUUACGAAGGCCGGGCUUUCCACGGGAAGAGGAUCACAGGAGUGUCCAUCUUGCGAGCCGGGGAGACCAUGGAGCCGGCUCUGAGGGCCGUCUGCAAGGACGUCCGCAUCGGCAAGAUCCUCAUCCAGACCAACCAGGACACAGGAGAACCAGAGCUUCAUUACCUGCGUCUGCCUAAAGACAUCGGUGAAGAUCACGUGAUCCUGAUGGACUGCACCGUGUCCACUGGAGCCGCCGCCAUGAUGGCCGUUCGAGUCCUACUGGACCAUGACGUUCAGGAGGACAAGAUCCUGCUGGUGUCUUUGCUAAUGGCAGAAAUGGGAGUUCAUUCAGUGGCCUACGCGUUCCCACAGGUCAAAAUCAUCACCACAGCUGUGGACAAGAAGGUCAACGACCUCUUCCACAUCAUACCGGGCAUCGGAAACUUCGGGGAUCGAUACUUUGGAACAGAUGCACCGCCGGACUGGAGCGACGAAGAGAUGGACGAGCCCAGUUACUGAUUAUUGAUUUAUUGUGAAAUGAUCGGGAGCUUCAGGGAUCUGCCACUCUGAUGGCGAUACGAGGGAUCACUGUACUGUUUGUGUCCGUUGGGCCAAACACAAGGAGCCCCGAGAAAUCCACUGAAAACAGGACAAUACUCAUGUUGAAAGUUUAAAGUUUAUUAUUUAACUUAUGAAGUAUGAAAUAUUUUUAUAUGUACUGUAUGUUAUUAAGGCCAAAUAUUUUUUAUUUUAUUGUUUGAAUUGUGACAAUCUCAGACAUUUGCAGGCGUGUUUCUGUUUGAAAAGAUGAACCCAGCCUUAAGCCGCCGUGUGCUGUGGAACGACACAACUGAAUGUGAAUCUGCACGUGCCGCUAAAAGAAGAAGACUUUACGCUUUUAAGGUUAUUUUUUCCCCCACACAUGUACACCUUCCUCACAACUUUCACAAAAGUGAAAAUCAGAACGUGAACUCGUGUUGCUCAACUUCCAUCGCCAUGAGCACUUUCUGAAGGACCAUUCAAUCGGAAAACGUGUGGGUGUAUCUGUCUUUUUUUUUUUUUUAGCUCUCUGGUUCAACCUCUUUCUUUUUUGUGGAUUCUGACCUAAACAGUUGAAAAACGGUUGUUAUAAAACUGUUUUUUUCAUUAUACAGCUAAAAGUAUGCACUUGUGGAGUAUAUUUAUGCAGCAUGUUUUACAUUUACAUUUUCUUUUUUUCUACGGAUGGAUCUGACCAGUGAGCAGCCAAGUCUUGCAUCUCUUAGCUGCAUUUAACAAACAUAGAUCGAGUGAUUAUUUCUGUGACGCACAUCCUGAUUUAUGACUCUUUAUUUUUAUGCAUAAGAUGGGAUUGGGUUUUUUUUAAAAGAGGGCUACAUGUGAACUCAGAACAUCUAGAUGUUGAAAAUUGCAAACAAAGCCCUGCUGACUGGUUCCUGAUAUUUAUAAACAGUAUCAGAACUGAAAUGAAUGAAAUCUGUCGGGUAAAGUUGGUGCCUAUUUAUUAUUGCCUUCUUCUUUUUAAGAAAAAAAAUUGUUGACAGUUUGCCAAAUGUUUGGUCGCACUCCACAAUGUUACGGCUAUUUGAGUUAACGUAAUAAAACAUAAGAAGUGUUGCAUAUUCA